GCGGUUGAAAUGAUUGCAGGCUGUUUUGACCCCUGUGAUUAGUCGGGAGGGAGACGAAGGGAGGACUGCGUACGAUUGGUGUGGCAGCAGCAGCAGCUUCAAUCCUUUUGGGCUGAGACGGACCCUGCAUCCACUGCGGCAGACGACAGUGCAUGCAUGCUUAAAUCGACGCAAUUGGUUUCUGAUUCAGGCGCAGUACAGUCAUUUCCACGGGUUUCUUUUGCUGAAUUGGUUGUGGUUUUUGAGGAGAAGGUUGGUGGUGGAGAAGCGAAGGUUUUGUGUUAGGAGUUUGGGGGGUUAGGGUUUGUGUUGAGGCCAGAAUCGGGUUGUGAAGCGUGGGAUGAGAGAUCUGAGCUGAUACCAGCUCGAAAUGGCGUCGUCGGAGGUCUCGAUAAAGGGAAAUUGCGGGAACGGAAGGGGAGAGAGCUUCACGUCGGGGUACAGCGAGCCUAACGAUGGUGGAGUGUCGAGGAGCGUUGCGGAAGGGCAGAAAGGUCAUUCCAGUGUUUCCGGUGCCGGAAAAGAUUUUGAAACCGCGCUUUAUACGGAGCUAUGGCAUGCUUGUGCCGGCCCUCUGGUGACUGUGCCUCGUGAGCGAGAGCGAGUUUUCUAUUUCCCUCAGGGGCACAUCGAGCAGGUUGAGGCAUCGACCAAUCAGGUGUCGGACCAGCAGAUGCCAGUUUAUGAUCUUCCAUCCAAGAUCCUUUGUCGGGUGAUCAACGUCCAAUUGAAGGCUGAACCAGACACUGAUGAGGUGUUUGCGCAAGUUACUUUGCUUCCUGAGCCAAACCAAGACGAGACCGCACAAGAGAAGGAACCUCUGCCACCGCCUCCACCGAGGUUCCAUGUGCAUUCAUUCUGCAAGACCUUGACAGCCUCUGAUACAAGCACCCAUGGAGGAUUUUCAGUGCUGAGGCGCCAUGCAGAUGAAUGCCUUCCACAACUGGACAUGUCCCGGCAGCCUCCAACACAGGAGUUGGUUGCCAAGGAUUUGCAUGGAAAUGAGUGGCGUUUCCGGCAUAUCUUUAGGGGUCAACCUCGGAGGCACUUACUUCAAAGCGGUUGGAGCGUCUUUGUUAGCUCCAAAAGGCUUGUUGCCGGGGAUGCCUUUAUAUUUCUCAGGGGUGAGAAUGGAGAACUUCGUGUUGGAGUGAGGCGUGCUAUGAGGCAACAGGGCAAUGUUCCAUCAUCGGUUAUAUCUAGUCACAGCAUGCAUCUUGGUGUCCUUGCAACAGCAUGGCAUGCCAAAUCAACUGGAACCAUGUUCACUGUUUAUUACAAACCUAGGACAAGCCCUGCAGAGUUUAUUGUUCCCUUUGAUCAAUACAUGGAAUCCGUCAAGAACAAUUAUUCAAUAGGGAUGAGGUUCAAAAUGAGAUUUGAAGGUGAAGAAGCACCAGAGCAGAGGUUUACGGGCACCAUAGUUGGGAUUGAAGAUGCUGAUCCCAAAAGGUGGCGAGAUUCGAAGUGGAGAUGUCUAAAGGUGAGAUGGGAUGAAACUUCUACUAUCCCACGUCCAGAUAGAGUUUCCCCCUGGAAAAUAGAACCUGCUGUGACUCCACCUGCAUUGAAUCCCCUUCCAGUGCCCAGACCAAAAAGACCCCGAUCAAACAUGGUGCCUUCAUCUCCUGAUUCAUCUGUCCUCACAAGGGAAGGUUCAUCUAAAGUAACUGUAGACCCUUCACCAGCAAGUGGCUUUUCAAGGGUCUUGCAAGGUCAAGAAUUCUCGACCUUGAGAGGCACUUUUGCUGAGAGUAAUGAAUCAGACACUGCUGAAAAGUCUGUUGUGUGGCCUCCUUUGCUAGAUGAUGAAAAGAUUGAUGUGGUUUCCACAUCCCGAAGAUUUGGAUCAGACAACUGGAUGCAUUUAGUGAGACAUGAACCAACUUGCACGGAUCUACUAUCUGGGUUUGGGGCUCGGACUGAUUCCUCACAUGGGUUCUCUUCAUUUGUUGAUCAAAAUGAUGUUGCUGCCAACACGAUGAAAAAACAUCUAGAACAUGAAAGCAAGUUUAACUUGCUGGCAGGCCCAUGGUCCAUGAUGCCUUCUGGCCUCUCUCUUAAUUUGCUGGAGUCUAGCAUUAAGGUACCUGUUCAAGGCAGUGACAUGCCUUACCAAACACGGGGGGAUGCUAGGUUUGGUGGGUUCAGUGAGUAUCCCACACUACAUGGUCAUAGAGUUGAGCUACAGCAAGGAAACUGGUUGAUGCCUCCACCGGCUCAAUCACAUUUUGAGAAUUUUGCUCAUUCAAGAGAGCUAAUGCCGAAACCUAUUUUGGUUCAGAAGCAAGAGGCUGUGAAACCCAAGGAUGGAAACUGCAAGCUCUUUGGCAUUCCUCUAAUUGGUAAUCCUGUUAUAUCAGAACCAGCAAUGUCAUACAGAAGCAUGACAAACGAGCCAGCAGGUCAUUUACAUCUUGCGCCUAGUGCAUUUGAUUCUGAUCAAAAGUCUGAACAGUCAAAAGGUGCUAAAUCAACCGAUAAUCCUCUGGUUGUUAGUGAGCAGGAGAAACCAUGCCAAACUUCUCUCCCUCUUUCAAGAGAUGUUCAGGGAAAAGUUCAGAGUGUUUCAACAAGGAGUUGCACCAAGGUUCACAAGCAGGGAAUUGCUCUUGGUAGAUCUGUGGACCUUACUAAAUUCAACAACUAUGAUGAAUUGAUUGCUGAAUUGGAUCAGUUGUUCGAAUUCGGGGGCGAGUUAAUGGCUCCCAAGAAGAAUUGGCUGAUCGUGUAUACUGAUGAUGAGGGUGAUAUGAUGCUUGUUGGAGAUGAUCCAUGGCAGGAAUUUUGUGGCAUGGUUCGGAAGAUCUACAUUUACACCAGAGAGGAGGUGCAAAGGAUGAAUCCAGGGACCUUAAAUUCAAAGAAUGACGAUAAUCCAUCAGUUGCAGAAGGCAUGGAUGCAAAAGAAGUGAAACGUCAGCCGGUUCCUUUGACAUCAAACCUAGAGAAUUGCUAGAUUUAACUCCCAUGGUUCUAGGUUUUUGUGCAUUGAUCGGAGAAGCUUGCUAUGGUUGUUUUAGUAGGAAGGGCAAUUGAACUAAUUGAGAUGCACAAGAGUCUCUUACCUCUUUUAGACAGGUUUGUCUAUCCGAAUAGGAGGCAUUUUUAUAUUCCCAAUUUUGGACAUGUUGUGGAGUUAGUACACUCUAUGAUAUCCAGUUAUAUAUUUUAUAUAUAAUAUGUACACGAGUAAUUUCGGCAAGGCAAUGAUCUGGCCUUGCUAUCUGAAUCAAAUUCCUCCCUGUACAGAGCUCUGUUAUCAAUUGUCUGAACCUGUUCAUGUAAUUAAGAAGUAAUACAUCAAGUAAUGUUCAUUUUGUUGGUUUC